AUGGCACCUGACUUCAAUCCUGAUACACAAUGCCCACAAUGGCUGGAUGAGGAGCACAAGUACAUCUCUUCACUUCAAAUUGAGCCUGAAGAUGAGAGGAUGAAGCUCAUGUAUUUAGAAGCCACAGAGCAUCUCAAACAUGCCGAAGAAACAGUAUGCUACUGGAUAGCACAAAUUGCUGCAUCGACCAUGCUACCACCUCAGCAUGCUGACCAGCAUUUACAAGAGGCAAGUGAAGCUGUUGAGAGUGCCCACUUUGCUUUGUCAGCAUUAUCAUCAACACUACCUCCCUCCAUCUCUUAUUCCCAACCCUGGCUACCUGGGUCUCCUGAAUGGCUUGAGGCAAUUACACUAUGCCAGCAGAGAGAGUUCAAUCAGCUCCUUGAUGAACUCGAGCAUCAUGCAAUAUCACAUCAGUUUGAAGUUGAAAAGAUGGGACUUCCAAAGACAGGCAAGUGA